CAAGACGGAGGAUAACUGCGACUGCACGAACCACCAACCGUUGCCACAGCGUCGGUGCCCAGCGCGCAGCUACGGCUGAUUUCGCCCUUUCUGGGCACCGACAGCGUUUUGUGCGGCUUUCUUGGAGUUCAGCUGACGUUAUAGGCGCACGAGAAGGUCACCGCCGUUGUCUCUGCUUGCAGAUGCCGUGCUUCAUGGCUAGCGAGAAGAGUGAGACCACCCUGUCCGCCUGGACCGUGCUGGGCGCCGGCGCCCUGACCACGCUGGCCGUGAUGGGCACCUACCUGACAGUGGCGGUGCAUCCCGCCUUCCUGCCGCUGCUCAUCCUGCCGCUGUUCGGCCUAUGCCACGUUCUCGUCUACCCGAAGGAGGCUAAGAGGGGCUUCAUCGGACCGCCUGUCAUCCGCUACGCCAUGCCCGAGGAGUUCCGCUGCACCGUGCUGGUGGCCAAACCGCAGCCCGACUACAAGAGCAUUCCGGUGGAGAAGAACAUGCGGCCGCAGCCCGCCGCUGUGCCCGUGCGACCUUCCACGAACUGCGCCGCCUACUGCGCGCCCAUUGUGCCGGCCUUCCAGGCACCACCGCCGGUCAUCGCCGUCAUGUAGUGCGCCAAGUGACACGCUGGCCCGUGUAUUUGACGACUCCCACGGCGCACUGAUCCUGCGGUCUGAACUAAUAGCUAGUCGUGUGCGGCAAUCUCGUUAUGGUGCAGCCGAACUGCCAGCGCCAAGGGGGCGCGGCCUCAGUGCUUGCAUGGUGGGUGGCGGCCGAGUCUGUCGCCCCAGGUGAACUCCAGUUGCCCUCCCCUGCGUGGUGCAGACACCCACGUACUCCUAUAUGCUGUGAUCCAUGUCAUACCAUCGUUUUGUAUAAAAUCGACACCCUGUAAAUAACACCUAUUUAUGAUGUAAAUAAAGCCACGCCGUGAGACAUCUUGCAACUAAACACAUA